CGCCAGCCGAAUAGCCAGCACCCAGGCGCCCCUCCGGGGGCUGCCCGGUGGGGCUGGGCAGCACCCUUCGCUCUCCCCUUCCUCCUUACCCUCCUCCCCUACUCGCUACUCGGUUCUACCAUGCUCUCUGUUGUCAGCUCGGCUUCUCGCACCUCCCUGUUUGGUGGUGCUCGCGUGUCGGCUGUGUCCCUGGCUCGCGCGCACUUCACCACCGGCAAUGUGGUGGCUUCGUCCGAUGCCGCCCCCGGCGAUGAGGUGAAGCCGGACAUGAAGCUCCUUUCGCGCCUGCGCAAGGAGACCGAGCUCAGCAUCAAGCACGUGCGCACUGCUCUGAUCAAGACCAACAAUGACUAUGACCUGGCCCUUGAGGAGCUGCGCAAGCUCGGCGCCUCGGUCGCCGCCAAGGUGUCCGGCCGCUCGAUGGGCGAGGGUCUGGUCUUCUCUUUUGUCAAGGCUUCCGACGCCUCCUCCUCCCUGAUGAUGGAGAUGAGCUGCGAGACCGACUUCGUCGCCUACAGCCAGCUCAUGCAGAAGACCUCCACUUCGGUGGGCGAGCGCCUGCGCGCCAUCUAUGAGGCUUCGCCUUCGGUGACUGCCGGCGCCCUGCGCUCGGCCACCCCGUCCGAGGAGCUUACCACCGACCCGGAGGUCAGCGCCUCCAUGCACGAGCUGGUUGGCAAGCUGAGCGAGAACAUUGCCCUGCAGCGUGCGGUCCUGCUGAAGGCCCCGCGCGGUGGUCUGGUCGGGUCGUACACCCAUCUGCGCACCGCUGAGGACAUCGGCGGGCGCCUGUCGGCCUCGGUGGUCUUCGCCCCGGCGGCCCCGGUGGAGGAGGACUUCACCCCGUCCGAGGAGCUGAAGGACUUCGCCAACAAGGUUGCCCAGCAUGUGGUUGGCUCCACCGGCCCCGGUGCUGUCGGUGUUACUGUGGCCGAUCUGCUGGAGCAGCCCUUCCUCUUCGACCCGUCGACCACCGUCGCCAACCUGAUCAAGAAGCACGCCCAGUCCACUCCCGGUGGUCUCGAGCUGGCCGGCUUCGAGCGCUUCGACGUUGGUGUUGGCCCCGCCUUCGCUCUGGCUUCCGGCGAGUCCAGCACUGAGGCUUCCAACUAAGAGCUCUCCUCUCUCCCCCUCCCCCCCCCCC